UUGUACCACAGCAUAUUCUCCUGCUGUAUCAAUACCAAAGCACCAAGUUGCUCUAUCUGCCGUUCACAUCUCACUCAGCUCAUCAUCAUCAUCAUCAUCAGACAUAGUAUCCCCCCCCUCGCCAGCGCAGCCUUGACUAUCCCAUCCUUCUUCACCCACAGCACAGCCUAGGUCGACCAACACACACACACACUCCAACCCCCAACAACCCAAAACCUAGUAUCCAAAAUGUUUCCCCGCCGCUCAAAAGACUCCCGCGACUCAGACGCCAACGCCAACAAGGACCACGGCUCAGGGGUAGUAGCCGACAUCCCGCCCUCCAUCUCGGACCUGCACUGCUUCACCGAGACCAACGGGGUGAUCACGACCACCAUGUUCGACAUCCCCGGCUACCGGGUCGUGCGCGUGCUGGGCGCCGUCUACGGGCUGACGGUGCGGUCGCGCAACUGGGCGGCCGGCCUGACCAUGGUGCUCAAGAGCAUUGCGGGCGGGGAGCUGAGGUGGUUUACGAAUAUGCUGUACAGCGCGCGGAACGAUGCCAUCUCGCGCGUCGUCGCCGAGACGCAGGCGCGCGGGGGCAAUGCGGUGAUUGCGCUGCGGUUCGAUGCCGGUGAGCUGGGCGGGUUCGCGCAGGUGUGUGCGUACGGAACGGCGGCGAUCGUUGAGAAGAUUGAUCCGCAGGUUGAGACGCCCCCCCAGCUGGUCGCUGCUUGAAGGGAUCGUGAGUGGCGCUGCUGGUUUUCUCUCCUUUAGUCACGGAGGGUUGGAGUUGGUUGUUGCUUUGCUGCGAGUUUCUGAAGGGGAUGGAGUUUCACAGAAUUGCCAUUUACUGCGUAUCUGUCUACUUAUAUUGCUAGCUACCUUAUAUACCCCCGCGAAAGAAAACUUGUAUACCCGU